AAUGAAUAGAUUGAAAGAGUUAUCUUUUGAAGUUGAAAAAGAGACCACCUGUUUAACGGGAGUAGUUGACAAAUUUGAAAUUAGCUUAAAGGAUGAUUUGGAAAAGUUUUCAACCUUAGCAACAGACGGAGAAAGAUUAAAGUUUCUAGAUAUUCACAAUUUUGCUUCUUUAAUAGAUAUUAAAGAAGGAUUUGAGAGGAAAGAUAAGGUAUUAUCUGAACAAUACAGGGGCGAUGGAAAUGGAUCGUUCAAGGCUAAAAAGUUUAACGAUGCUUUACAAAAGUAUAAUUUAGCUGUUAGAUAUGCCCCAUUCGAUGGAGAUGUAUUGACUAUGGCGUUAGGAAAUCGCUCGGCCGUCUUUUUCAGAAUGAAAAUGUACGAUGAAUGCAUAAAGGACAUUGAGCGAGCGCUCAGUAUGGGUUAUCCUAAAGCCUUAUCCUAUAAGCUCCAUUAUAGAAAAUACAAGUGUUUCUAUAUGAAAAAGAGUUUUGAGAAAUCUGUCGAUUGUCUAAAGGAGUUUAAAGAAUCGUUAAAAGACGCUUCAAUAGAUAGGAAAGAAAGAGAUUCUUAUGAAAAGUCGUAUGAAAACGAUUUACGUCGUUGUCUAAACGAAAAGUUACAAGAUGAAAUAAUAGUUGAAGAGGAGAAACAACACCACGCAGCCAUGGAUGAAAACCUUAUUGUUAAAACAUCGAAAAGUCGGGGACGCUAUAUUGUUCCUAAAACGGAUAUGGAUAUAGGAGACGUCUUGGGCGUGGAGAAGCCAAUAGCAAGUGUUCUAUAUGAAGAAUAUUACGAUACAAGAUGCUAUGGUUGUCAAAAGAAAUUUACGUCUCUUCUACCGUGUAGAAGUUGCGCAAAAAUAGUAUACUGCAGUCCAGAAUGCGAAGAAGAUGCCUGGAAUCUUUAUCAUAAAUAUGAAUGCGAAUAUAUGGAUUUUCUCUCAUAUUCAUGGAUGAGCCGUAUUGGUCUUUUAGCAUUAAGACAUAAUGAAUUUUUACCACACAGAGUUUUCAUGACGAUUAGAUGUAAACAUCUAGAUGACGUUUGUAAUUUAAUAGUUCAUGAUAAUGAACGACAAUCAGACGUACUGUUGCAAUUCACGAUAGUGGCUAAAAUCUUGGAGGAAAUUUGUAAUUUGAGCAGUUUUGUACCCGAAGAAGAAAGGGAUAAAAGCGGGCAACUCUUAUUGAAUUUAUUGAAAAUUUGCCAGUGUAACAGCUAUUGUAUAAGUGAAAUGUUUGGCAAUUCAUUUAGGGAGAGUAAGCCAAAGGAUAUUGGGGUGGCGCUUUAUAAAAAGGCGUCUUUUUUCAAUCACAGCUGUAACCCAGAUCUAGAUAUAAUCUUUCAAGGAUCAACAGCUUUCUUUAAAGCUAUCAGGAGUAUUAAAGCUGGCAAAGAGGUCUGUCUUGAUUAUGGCUACGUCUAUACAACUGAUUCAAUCCAACUAAGGAGAGCUGCUCUGGCUAGCCAAUACUAUUUUGAUUGCGAAUGCCAACCUUGUUCUGAGAAUUGGCCGACAUUUGAUUAUCAGGAAUCGUCGGUGCCCACCUUCAAGUGUCCCGAAUGCGAUGCAAUACUGAAUAUAAAUGAAUUAGCAGACGAAAAAUUUGCUACCUGUUCUGCUUGUAAGACAAGCCAAGACGUCGUAAAAAAUUUAGGUCAAUUACAAGAUUCACAUGAAAAAUACGCAAGUGCCUUAACAAGAGCAGCGUACGGCGACUUAAAAUCAGCUCUUGCGGAUAUGAUACAACAUUUAAAACUUACCGAAAAGCUUAUAGCGCCGCCAUUCAAAGAUUAUUCUUCUUGUCAAGCAGCUGUUAAACAAUGUUUUCGAUUGAUGGCUAACGAUAAUUAA